AUGAAUACCGCUAGUGGAGGAAAUUUCACCAAGAGGAAGGUGAGCGAGGCCCGAGAGAUACUGGGAAGAUUAAUCGAUGCAAAAAAGGCAUAUGAUUCACCUCGUACCAUCCUAAGAAGAGGAAGUGUGGAUGCAGUAACAGUGCAAAAUGAAGAAAGGAUGGAUGCCCGAGUGGAUGCAAGGAUGGAUGUUAGAAUGGAGCAGCUAGAGAAGACUAUUCUAACCGCCCUGGGGAAGAACGACUCGCCGGGUCCAACAGAAAAAGAAAAACAAGCACUGGGUCCAGAGGAUGGUUACAAUUAUUGCGGAUCUCAAGGAGGGAUAGAUUGUCCAGCCCAUAUAAAUGUUGUAGGAAAUUGGAACCAAAAUAAUCAAGGCAGCAAUUGGAACCAGUGGAGAAUCAAAGACACUCCAUGGAGGGACAAUCCAUGCUUCAGGUGGUCCGAUGGGAAUCAAAACCCUCCACUCCAGAUUACUAACUCAGAAGGAAACCAAGGGAACCAAUCCAACUGGUCCGGAAGGAAUCAAGAGGGACAGGGCAACUGGAAUCAAGGAGCACAAGGUAAUUGGAGUCAGGGAGGUCAAGGAAAUCAACCCAACUGGAACAAUAGGAAUCAAAAUAACCAGGGAAGCUCAUAUGUACCCCCACACCAGAGGAACAACAACUAUCAGGGACCAGGGAAUCAGUACAACAAUAACCAAGGAGGUCAAGGAAACUUUCGCCCGCAUCAAGGGGGUGGACCAAAUCAUGGUCAAGGGCCAAGUGGCAGUUAA